AUGACCCUGCCUCCGCUUCCCCAAAGUGCCGACAAGAGUGCCAUUUGCACUCGACUUGGGCUCAAUGAACAUACACACAAGUUGUUACUCAACGAAGCCGUGGCUGCUCGCAACGCGUUGAGCUCGAAUUACUACAGCCUGACCGAGCAAUCUAGAACCGACCCCUCUGUUUCAGAGCCAUAUAGAUGGGACGAGAUAUCGGAAACUGCAAAGCAUUCGCAGAUUCUAACUAUGGUCCGCGAUGCUUGCGCCGAGACGAAACCAUAUUAUGAUAUGGGACGUUACUGGACCCAGGUCAAUGAAGAAAACUGGGUUGCGAGAUGGUACCUCUGGCAUAGCUUCCGCUACAGGUGGGUAACCGGAGGCCACGGCGCGACGGAGAACAAGGCUCAUCUUCUCUGCAGGGAUAACCGGCCAAGGGAAAGGGCUGCGGCCAAUGUAGUUGCUUCGAACAACGGCGGAACGCAGUUAUACUAUGAUCCAGCGCGCGACUAUUUCCGCGGGUGA